GCGCCCCAGACAGCCAUGUACACUGGACUUUUCCCCCCUAUAUCAUCUCGUCCAGAUGUGAGCUGUGGUUUACAGACAACUCGCCUCCAGAGAAGACUGUCACGUCUUGGAUCUGUACAUCCAGCAACCACAGUAGGUGCUCAGCUCUUGUUAACGAGCGCAACUCUGACUUCUUUGAAGAAUAUUUCACUUUUGCCCAAAAGAAAGAUGAACACAAAAUUGAUCCUCGCACUUGUCUUCGCUCUUCAGGUCUCCAUGAGCCUGAGUCAGGUUCCUGCACCAAGCCAGGAACUUGUCGACAAGUAUGAGAGCCUGAAAGCUACAUUCUACAGGAGACUGGUCAAUGCUUAUGGCAAGCUGCAGGGUACCGUUGGACAGAAUGAGCAAGCACAGACCACCAGGGAGUUCAUCGAGUCUCUGAGAGACAAGCCUGAACUGCAAGCAGUUGCCAAAGUUGCAAGUGGUCUGGGCUCAGAAGCAGCUCCAGUGGUGGACAGAGCUCGUGCAUCUCUGCUCGGUUUGUACGAACAAUACCUGCGCCCCCAUGUCGGAAACGGCUUGAGCGAAGCCAUCGACCAGAUCAAGGUCUACCUGGAUCAAUACAUGCCCGCUGAGUAAUACAAUAACAAUAACAAUAAUUCAAAAAGAACCAGCUAAAGCGGAAGUGCGUGUCAGAUGCCUGUAAUAGAUGAUAGCUGAUAGAAUUACACCGGUUUAGCCUGAGAAGAGCAAUACUCAAUGCAAACACGAUUCUUUUGCCUGUUUCUAAAUCAAUGUCUUCGCCAGAUUAUGCAGAGUUACAAGCAUGGCAAACAUGUCACCAUGUGUGCAAGUUCUGCAUGUGCAGUAUUAUAUGUUUGAUACACUAACAGUGUCUGUGUGACUGUGUACGUAUGCGUGUGCGUGUUCAAUAAAACGUACUGAAAACUAUGAAA